AUGACUUAUAAUAAGAUCUCAGCUAGUUCAGCUAACAUACGUGAAGAGAUUUGCGUUCUUGAUCCUUUAUUUUAUGCUGAUGAGUUUGAAAGUUCUUCAGUUUAUCUUCAAGAUGAUACAGAAGACUCUCUCACAAACAGUUUCAAUUCAUUAAAGCUCAAGAAAUCAUUUAAAUCACUAGACGAGCGUAGAGCUAAACUUCGAAACUCAGAUGAUCAUUUUACAAUAUUACAAUUACCAAAAUAUAAUUCAUUUACUGGUAAAUCCUUACCACCAAAACCAAGAUCAACAUUGAAAAAUUUUACUAUACAUCAAGAUGAAAAUAAAGAAAUUAUUAAAAUUAAUGAACAAAGCUCCAAAUUAAUUGAAACUUUUGGUAUUGAUUUUAAAUUGUAUCUUGAUACAGGGUUUCAUUUAUCUCCAUUCACUCAAAUUCAAUUUAAAAGAUAUCAAAAUGAAGAAUCUAAUGUAAAUAUUCCAAUUGAAUAUAGAAUUGAUUAUAGUAUUGAUUUAUCAUUAAUUGGACGAUUUGUUGAUGAAAAUUAUGAUAUAUUGGAUGAAUUUGAUGAUGAUUUUUUUGAAUAUGGUGAUGUAAUAUAUUUGGAUAAUUCUGAUGAAGAUGAUUUUGAAAAUGAAGAUGAUUCUUCUGAUGAAGAAGGUUAA